AUGAAAUUAACCAAGGUACCUUUAUUUUUACUUUUGAUUCUUCUCAAUGAUGUGCAAUCUGCACCUUCUAAUUCUACCGAUAGUCUUACAAAUGGUGAAUCAGUUCAAAUUUCAAGAUUGGUAUCUGAUUUGAGAGUUUAUAAUACUGAAGCAGGAACUACUGAAAUCGAGAAAAGAAACGUUGCCAUUGUAUCCAUUGAUGACCUUACCACUAGAUCCAACAUUCCUAUUUUGGAUGAAAUAUUGGCCGCUUUGAAAGAAACUGGAUUGGCUAACGUUGUAAUUGAAGCUGUUUUAUUAAGCCCUACCCUCAGAGGUAUUUCGAUUAAUGCUACAAUCAAAUUACUCAAGGGUAACUUCAACUUGACCGGUUUACUUGUUUCACUUCAAAAAUCAGGUUUAAUUUUACUGUUUUUGAAUUUAGCUUUGGAUGACCCUGAGAUUUUACCAGGAAUGUUGAGAAUUGGUAAAGAGCUUUUUAAAGUACACAGCGGUACUGUUGCAAAGAGAUAUGACAUGGAUUUGGUUGAACAGUCUAGCGAGUAUACAUUGAGUAAACGGGAAAAUGAUUUGAUUACUGAAUUGUUGACUGCUUUGAAUGAUUCUGGUUUAGCUAUGGCUGUUGUUCAAAAUUUAUUGACAAACCCAGAAUUAUCCGAACCUGCUGCUAUCUUUUUGUCUGCUAUCCUUAAAUCUGGUGCAAUUACAAUUCGUGAAGUUCUUGUAUCUGUGAAGGAAUCACAUUUGAUUUUUGGUUUAUUGAGACAAAUUUUGGCUGAUAAGGCAUUACUUGAAAAGUUUGGUCACUUGAUUUCAGACAGAAUUGCGAGAGGAGUAUUCACGCAACAGUACUAUGACAGUUGUUAA